AUGGCACGUGGGUGUAAUGUUUGGUGUAUAGUUUCCACAGUACUGUUGUUGUUUCUGAAUUUGAAACCUUUGAUUUGUGGAGAAUCACAAGUCCCUUGUUACUUCAUUUUUGGAGACUCACUGGUGGAUAAUGGCAACAACAAUGACCUUUUGACUCAGGCCAGAGCCAAUUUUCCUCCCUAUGGAAUUGAUUUUCCCGAUGGUCCAACCGGCAGAUUCACCAACUGCCGGAAUAUGGCCGACAUUUUGGCUGAACUUCUAGGCUUUGAUGAUUACAUUCCUCCAUUUGCAACUGCAAGAGGCCAGGAUAUUCUCAAAGGUGUGAAUUAUGGAUCUGAGUCAGUUGGAAUUCGAGAUGAAACCGGACAACAAUUGGUAUUCCCCAGACCUUAUAACAUCCCCUGA